CCGAGCGGCUGCCCCGGGCUGCGGCUGCUCGGGGUUUGACUCCUCGGGAUGCGGCUCCCCGGGAUGCUGCUCCCCGGGAUGCGGCUCCCCCGGGUUGCUGCUCCCCCCGGGAUGCGGCUCCGCGGCCGCUCCGGAGCGCGGUACCCGGGCUCCUUAAUCCUGCGGAGGGUGUUGUUACAGCUUUGGAAGUAUCGGCAGCAGCGGGAGAUAAUGAGGAGGCCUCUGGAUACACUGUACCCUGCUGGGCUCGCCGGAGGUGCUUGGGUCAUUUAGCUCAAAAGUUUCCGGACCUCCUCUGAACAUCUGGUGGGGUAAAAGCUCUGUGGGGGUCUCCACAGCUGCAGGAUUUGCUGUCCCCACUCACGUGGGCUCCUUGGUCUGUGGCUGUGGCACCUAUUUUCCCAUUCAGCAUUUCCUUGGUUAUUUGUAAAAGCAUCCAGCCUGUCUUAUUGCUAGCCCUGGAAACAGCAGAUUCUUUCUUCAGUAGCGUACUGGUCAGUGAAGAUUUGCUGCAGAAUUCCAAAGGAUGAUGGUGCUCUGUUUCCUGAGCAGAGCCCUGCCACGAGCCAGGCAUUCACCCAGCCCUCUGGGGAGACAGCUCUGCUCAGCCGGCGCAAAUAAGCCAGUGUUGACUUUAUUCACCAAGAAACCAUGCCCUCUGUGUGAUGAAGCAAAAGAAGUUCUUGAGCCAUACAAAAGAAGGUUUAUUCUGCAGGAGGUGGAUAUUACCCUUCCAGAGAACUCAGCAUGGUAUGAAAAAUACAAAUAUGACAUACCUGUUUUUCACUUAAAUGGGAAGUUCCUCAUGAAGCAUCGAGUCGACACUCAGAAGUUUGAGGACCGACUUAGGAAGGUGGAGCUGCAAAGUGAUGGAAACCAGUGAAGAAAAUGCAGCUGCUCUGGUGCAGAUCUGAAAGGUGAAAAGAACCAUAUUCAUGAUCUGGCCUUAAAUUUCUUAGAUCAUAUGGUAUCAGAGUCUGAAAAACUUGAGUGACUUGUUCUACUUUGUAAUAAUCACCCAGCCCAGCUGCAGCAGGAGUCACCUUUUCUGUACCAUUCAUUUCUUGCUCUCGUGGGCUGGUUUUUCAUUGACAGAAUAAAAGCUGCUCCGUAACAGCAGAUGAAGUAAAUUCUGUUUGUACAUGGUUGGCAUGGCCAGGUUUUGGAAGUGGGGGGUGGUACAGGGCUGGUUUCUGUGAGAAGAUUCUGGAAGCUUCCCUGGUGUCCAGCAGAGCCAAUGCCACCGACUCCAGGAUGGACCCUCUGGCCACAUCCGAGCCCAUCAGUGAUGCUGGUGGUGCCUCUGGGAUAUCAGAUAGAAAGAGAUGGGCAAAAAACCCUGCAGAACACCACUGCAGCCAAAGAGAAGUGUGAGAAUAUGUGAAGUAAACAGCUCUGCAGACACAAACGCCAGAAAAGGAGCAGGAGGAGCUGCUCCAGCUGCUGGAGCUGAGGUUCCCCUGCAGCCUGUGGUAAACCCCUGGCGAGGCAUCUAUGCCCCUGCAACCCUUGGAAGUUAGCAGGGCAGCAGAGAUCCCCCUGCAGCACUUGCAGGACCCCAUGACAGAGCAGGUGGAUGUGCCUGAAGGAGGCUCUGACCUGGUGGGAAGCUUGCACUGGAGCAGGUUGCCUGGCAGGACCUGUGACCCUGUGGGGCACCCAUGCUGGAGCAGCUUGCUCCUGAAGGACUGCUGCCUGUGGAGAGGGACCCAAGCUUGUGAAGAACUGCAGCCUGUGAGAAGGACUCACUCUGGAGAAGUUAGUGGAGGACUCUCUCCCAUGGGAGGAACCCCACGCUGCAGCGGGGGAAGAGCACAAGGAGGACAGAGAGAAUGUUUAAUAAAAUGACCACAAAUCCCACUCUCCAUCUCCCUGAACCACAGAGCGGAAGGAGGAGGAGAAAACUGAGAGUGAAGUUAAGCCUGGGAAGAGGGGAUGGGUGGGACAAAGGUCUUUUUAAGAUUUCGUUUCCUUUCUCCUUACCCUACUCUGAUUUCCUUGGUAAUAAACUAAUUUCCCUAAGUCAA